AUGUUUUCUAUGGAUGAUUUAAAUUGUUGUCUUUCGAAAAUUGUUCAUUUAUGUAUUGAAGCAUGUAUAUUUUUAAAUCAAUUAUAUAAAUUUGAAUAUCAACUUUCAAAAUUAUCUUCAUCAUAUCAUAAACCAUCAAUAAAAUAUUUCUCUAUUAUUGAUCAUUUAACUAUUGUAAAUAAAGAUUUAAAUAUUUAUUAUAAAAAUUAUUUUUUUAAAAUUUAUUCAAAUAUUUUUAAUUAUCUUUCACGUAAACGUUUUACUUUAAAUUAUUCAAAUGAUAUAAUAAAUGAUUUUCAAGAAGAUUUAAAUCAUUUAAAUUAUUUUUUUCAUCAUCAUAAAAAAUAUUAUAAAGAUAUUUUUUAUUAUUUACAUAAAUUAACUAUAACAUGUUCAUUAUGUAUACAAUAUCAUCGUUCAUGUACAAAUUUAGAAUUAAUGAAUCGAUUUGUUUAUAUACGUAUUGAUUUAUUAACAAAUUUAAAAAAAUUAAAUGAAAAAAUUAAAUUUUUAUUAAUUCAUAUAAAUUCAAAUUUUGAACAUAGAAAACAAUACUCAAUAAAUAAUAAUAAUAAUUUUAAUGAUCAUUAUUCGAAAGAAAAAUUUAAAAUCUUUAAUCUUGUUCGAACACUUUUUCUUUGGUUUAUAACAAUAGUCUUAAUAGGAUAUUAUUUUCAAUGGUCAAUUAUAUAUGAAAAUAAAUCUAAAAAUGGUUGGCCUAUGUGA